AAGAAAUUCCAGCUUAUACAUAACGCAGCUCUCACCAGCAUCUCUCCUCCAAUGGUCACUCACUCGCUCACUGUCUACCACGAAAGAAAGGAAGAACAUUUCCAAAUGAUUAGUCCUUUUUAGUAGGAGCCUCCGCCGCACCAACUGAACUACUACUCCUUUCAUUUCCGGCCAUUCCCAACCAACCCCUGAACCACCGCCAAAAUCCCGCCACCAUGUCCUCCUCUCGUAAACUCCUCGCCACCCUCCUCCGCACCCCUCUCCGCCGCUCCGCCAGACCCUCGCUCUCCCGUCCAACCCCCAGCUCCCCUCUCACGCGCUCCCCGAGGUACCUCCUCUCACGCGCCGCGCAUUAUGCCACCUCUGCCGCCGUCCCGUCGGCCAAACCCCCUCCCCCGCCGCCGACCAAGUCCAGUGGCAAGAUAACCGACGAGUUCACCGGAAAGGGCGCGAUCGGGAGAGUGUGCCAGGUCAUCGGGGCCGUCGUCGAUGUCCGAUUUGAAGAUGGCUUGCCGCCGAUCCUAACAGCCUUGGAGGUCCUCGACAACUCGAUCCGGCUGGUGCUGGAGGUGGCGCAGCACCUGGGAGGGAACAUGGUGCGCACCAUCGCUAUGGACGGGACCGAAGGCCUAGUCCGUGGUCAGCGCGUGCUCAACACUGGCUCUCCCAUCACCGUGCCUGUCGGUAGAGCUACACUUGGCCGCAUCAUGAAUGUUAUUGGAGAGCCCAUAGAUGAGAGGGGAGAGCUAAAAACCGACCACUUUCUGCCCAUCCAUAGAGAAGCGCCUGCCUUUGUUGAGCAGGCAACUGAGCAACAGAUUCUUGUGACUGGAAUCAAGGUUGUUGAUCUCCUUGCACCUUAUCAAAGAGGUGGAAAGAUUGGGCUCUUUGGUGGCGCUGGUGUUGGAAAGACGGUGCUUAUUAUGGAACUCAUUAACAAUGUUGCUAAGGCUCAUGGUGGUUUCUCUGUAUUUGCUGGUGUUGGAGAGCGGACUCGUGAGGGUAAUGACUUGUACAGAGAAAUGAUAGAAAGUGGGGUCAUUAAGCUUGGAGACAAGCAGGCUGAGAGCAAAUGUGCUCUUAUAUAUGGUCAAAUGAAUGAACCUCCCGGUGCCCGUGCUCGUGUUGGACUUACAGGGCUGACUGUGGCUGAGCAUUUCAGAGAUGCUGAGGGUCAAGAUGUGCUUCUCUUCAUUGAUAACAUUUUCCGCUUCACUCAAGUAAAUUCUGCAGGGUCUGCUUUGCUUGGCCGUAUUCCAUCUGCUGUUGGUUAUCAACCUACUUUGGCUACAGAUCUUGGAGGCCUUCAAGAGCGUAUUACCACUACCAAGAAGGGUUCCAUUACAUCUGUUCAGGCUAUUUAUGUGCCUGCUGAUGACUUGACAGAUCCAGCUCCUGCAACCACUUUUGCCCAUCUUGAUGCCACAACAGUGCUGUCCCGGCAGAUAUCUGAGCUUGGUAUCUAUCCUGCCGUCGACCCCUUGGAUUCUACAUCUCGUAUGCUCUCUCCUCAUAUUUUGGGAGAAGAACACUACAAUACUGCUCGAGGUGUACAGAAAGUUCUCCAAAACUACAAAAAUCUUCAAGACAUUAUUGCCAUUUUGGGAAUGGAUGAGCUUAGUGAAGAUGACAAGUUGACAGUUGCUCGUGCUCGUAAGAUUCAAAGAUUCUUGAGCCAGCCUUUCCAUGUUGCAGAAGUAUUCACUGGAGCCCCAGGAAAAUACGUUGACCUGAAGGAGAGCAUUAACAGCUUCCAGGGAGUUCUUGAUGGAAAAUAUGAUGAUCUCUCUGAGCAGUCAUUUUACAUGGUUGGUGGGAUUGAAGAAGUCAUCGCCAAGGCAGAGAAGAUUGCCAAGGAAUCUGCUGCUUAACUUAAGCUAGAUUCCUUGUUCUCUCCCAAUCAUCAAAUAUUUUUACCCUAAUCAUCAAAGAAUUGAUAAUGCUUUUGGCAUUUCCAAUUCGACCAGCAUCACCGGUUGUAUAAACCUUUUUUUUUUUUUUUUUAAUAAUAAUUUAAAGAACUAAUUUUUGAUAGAACUGUAUUAGGUAGAGAAGUGAGGCAAGAGACUUUUUUGGUGUCCUUUUCGUGCAAUAAAAAAAAGGGAUGCUGCAUGUUUGUAUU